AUUUAUUUAUGGCGCCCCUUUCUGUCAACGUCUGCAGCUAAACCGGUGUGUGUGUGUUACACAAUUAAACGCCCCACCCCCGGUGGCCGUAACUAAGCGUUUCAUCAGCGGAAUCCUCUUUGAAUAUGACACGGGUUUAGAAAGUGAUGAGUGGUAAUCAAGAGAUCCAAAGCUUUAGAUUAACACAUGGCUUCAUGUUUUUGUGGCGCGGCUUUCCUCAGACGUGCCCUUUUUUUUUUUUAAACUUCUUUUUCUCCCCGGAACUGAAGCCGCUGCCGUCCGCCUGUCGGAGCCGAUAGUUGGGACGGAUUGGCAAGUCAUGGCAGCGGUUCUUCUGGAAUUCUCCAAUUAAAAUGAGCAACAAACAACAAUAUGGAGACAGCCAAAAGUUUGAAACGUUUAUUUAUUGGGGGAUUGCAUCACUCGGUUUCUGAAAGUGAAAUUAAAGAAAUAUUUAGCUCAUUUGGAGUUGUUACAACUGUGGAUAUUGUACUUAGGAAAGACAACAAAGGAAAUCCUGUGAAGGCCUUUGGUUAUGCUAAUGUAAACAUCUCAGAAACGGAAUUAAAAAGAUGCAUGUCAGUUCUGAAUAAAUCAAAAUGGAAAGGUGGAAAACUGCAAAUUGAAUUAGCCAAAGAAUGCUUUUUGCAUCGACUUGCUCAAGAGCGACAGAUUGCAGCUGAAAAUAAGCACAAACCACAUGUUGACAGCAUUGCAAUGGUGAUGGAGUCUCUAAAGAAAGCUGGUGUUGAAAAUUUUAAGAUUAAAUCUGCUGUGCCAGGAACAGAAGUACCUGAACAUAAGGACUGGAUUGUGAGUAAAUUUGGAAGAGUAUUGCCGAUUCUUCAUCUCCAACAAAACAAUAAGAAAAAAAUUAUAAAGUAUGAUCCUUCUAAAUAUUGUCACAACAUCAAGAAGCUUGAUCAUGUAUCUGAUUCAGGAAUCAAAAUGCCAGUAACCAAGCUUACAUGGCAUCUUGAUGAGCAGGAUGAUGAGACAAGUAAGAAAAAACGGGGGAUUUUUCCAACUCCAACACAAACUGCAAAGAGGAAGAAGCUAUCUCCCAACAAAAACUGUGUGGAGAGUUCCACUACUUCUGACUAUAAUGUUCAAAAAAAUAAAAUACUUACAAACUCAGUCAAACACAAUGCCAGUAAGUAUGAAUUUAUUGAGAUGACAGGGAAUAAGUUUGGUGUUCCCGCAUUAGCUUCUUAUGCAGGCUUCAAGAGACAGAACCUUGACAAGGAAGAAACUACUGCUGCUGCUCAAAGAAAUGAUAGAUCAAAAGCUCAUUUAGCAUGCUAUGAUUCUGAUGCUGAAGAACUGGAAUUGAUUACCGAUGAACAGAAAUGCAAAACUAAAGGUUUAAGUGGAACAGAUGUAAAAGAACAAGACAUUCUAUUGGAGGUGGUCGGUGAGGAUUACCUUUUAAAACACCAAACCCACUGGGCAUUAAAGAACUCAAUGAGACAGACGUCAAAAGACAAUUACAAUGAUACAUCGAACAGCAGUGGAAGUGAAUAUGAUUCUGCUGACACGGAUGAAAUAAUCUCAAAAAUUAUUCCACACAAAAAAUUGCCAGAGAUAAAAUGUGAUAGAAAACCAGAUGUUGUGAAUAGCAACACUGAAGUUAACACUGCAAAAGGGGAUUGCGAAUCUAGCGGUAAUGAGGAUACAGUGGCUGAGAAUUCAGAAUCUAGUGUGGAUGCUGAUUAUGAAGAAAUGACACGUAAUUGUUACCGAAUAGAGCUGUCAAUAACAGACCUUGAACAACUGGUAAAUAAAUCCUCCAAACUUGAGAAAACUAGUCAAUUGGAGAAAAGUGAAAUGGACUUUCCUAAAAUUGAUUCCGGCAUACCACCUUCUCAAGGCACGCUUUCAUUGGAGCAAACAACCAUACCAGCAAAUAUAUUUUUGGAUGUUCAGAAUGAGGACAACAGUGACAAUGAAAUGACAUCAAAUGAACAGCUAAGUAACUUGCUUCCUUGUAAGGGCACUCAAUGCUUUUCUGAAGUAAAGAAAACAAACAUGAAAGGAGGCAAAAUAAUUAGUAAUCCUUCUCUGUUGAAUGUGAGGGAUGAAAUAUAUAAGGAGUCAGUUGACAAAAAGGAGAAAGUUAAUGGAACCAGGGAUGUGAUUUUGGAUUCCAAAAGUAAUUGCAAACCGCCACCUUUCAAAGGUAGAAGAUUUCUUCAAAUCAACAGUUCCACUGCGAGCUUCAGUGUCAAGCAAGGUUUGCCUACAAGUGAAGAAAAAUCAAAGUCUGAAAUGCAUAAAAUGAGUGAAGAAUCGAAAGAGGAUGUAAAAGUUGAGAAAGAAACAACACAGCAUAUAGAGCCAACCAGCUCUCAGAAGAUUGAACUAUCAUCAUCAUCUGUCACCAAAAGUGACAAUGAGAGGAAUAAGAUAGAAUCUAAAGCUGGAAAUGAUGGAAAUGUUCCUGAGUGUCUGUUGAUUAAAAACAAAUCAAGUAUCUCCCCCCGCAAUGAGAAUCCUGCUUGUGGUUUAGCUGCAGAAUCUCCUCAAAAUCUAGAGAAGCGGUUACUGGACAAUCAGAAACGACUGGCUGCUUUACAGAAGAGGCAGGAAGAGACAGCAGUGCAAAAGAAACUCAUCCAGGGAGCCCUCUCUGAUUUGACAAGUCAAAAAUCUGGCAAAGGAAAACAUGUUGUCUUUGAUUCUGAAGAAGAGCUUGAAAGUGUUGAAGACAUUUACAGAGCAGCAGAUGCAAAUCCAUCAGCAGAAAGUCAAGACAAAAAGCUUGUUGCAAAAGAUUUCAAAACUAGAACCGUUGGGAACUUAUUUGAUAGUGAAGACGAAGAGGAAGAAGAUGACAAUGAUGAUCAUGAUGAAAGAUUCAAAAUCAAACCUCAGUUUGAAGGAAAAGCUGGUCAGAAGCUCUUGGCCUUACAAUCACGAUUUGGUACAGAUGAAAGGUUUCGCAUGGAUGAACGAUUUUUGGAAAGUGACGAAGAAAACAUGGAAGAAUCUGCAGAAGUUACUGUUGGAAGCCAGAAUGCUGAGGAAGAUGAGUUUGUUGCAGAAAAAAGAAGAGCUCUGAAUAUCUUGAAAAGUGUUGUUCAAGAUGGCAUUGAAAAGAUUGAAGACAAGAAAGAACGAGUAAAAUUAAAAUAUUUUAAAGAUGUUUCUGCUCUGCACUAUGAUCCGACGAGAAAAGAUCAUACAGUCUAUGAAACCAAGUUGGAGGAAUCCAAUAAAGAGAGCAAAGCAGAAAGAAAGAAAAGGAAAAUAGAGGAAGAGAAACUUCCUGAAGUAUCAAAAGAAAUCUAUUAUGAUGUCAAUAAGGACUUGAAAGGGAUGUUCACUUCCAAUACCAAAGAAAACGAAGUUACAUUGGCUAAGGAAGAUGAAAUUCAGCUAGAAAAUCAGUGUCCUGAACCUCGCGAAAUGCCAACCAUCCAGCAGGCAUUUGAUUACCCAUCCAGUAAUGAUGCUGCAAAAGAAGAUUCGUCUAAUUUUACGUUUUCGUUUUUUGAAGCAGCAACCCAAGAUGGCAAUCAAAAGUCAGAACAUUAUGUAACUGGGCAAGUACCUAUGUCGGCUUUUCCAUGGCAUGAAGAUCCUCGAUUCCAGGACAGCUCGUCUGAAGAUGAGGAUGACAUAGAAAAUUGUGAAGAUAUCACUGCAGAAAAUUUGGUGGCAUUUCCUGAGAAGAAAACAAAUUUAUUUUUCUUUUUCAAAGAUGACCAAAGACUCAUAGAUGGCCCUAAAAUGUUUUGUCGAACUACACACCUGGAAGAUGAGAGAGAUGCCUGGGAAGAAAACCGAGAUUUACUAAUUGAGGAAUACCGUAAGAAACACAAAGAUGCAAGAAGGAAAAUAAAAAACAAGCAAUGAAACUUCCUAGCGAUUAAUAUGCUGUGAAUGAAAACUAUUUGCUAUUAACUAUUCUUUAUAAAGGCUCUUUGAUAGGGAUUUUGUUAAUCCUAGUUUUAUAUGUGUGGUGGUAAACAGGGCAGCUACUGUUUACGAGCUUACACAAGCUAAGCGAGAGCGAAGAUCAGUAGAGUAAGGGUAAGAUUUAAAUAUUUUGAUGUUUGGCAUUUUUUAUAUUAAAAAAUGUUUUAAAGUGAUAAGUUUUUAAUAAUAUUUCUUAUAAUACCAAGUGCAUUUGAUUGAGCUACAAAACUUCAGUUGUGAAGAAGGAGACAUUUGAGAGUUUUGUAUAUUUUUCUCUCCAAGAAAACCGCCAUUUAAAUGGCCCAACAAAAAUUAAAUGUUACCAAUUUUAAUCAAUAAAUGCUGAGGAAAUGGAGAGGACUAUCCUGAAAAUGGGUAGCAUGAAUGUGAGUUUCCCAAUCAGAAUAUUAAUUUGUUUUCUUUCCAACUCAGACAAUGGACUUGGACAAUUUAUAUUCAAGAAUUGUUUAUAUAAAAACAAUGGUUACCAUUAUCUAAAUGGACACAUAUCGAUGGGUGAUCAUCACAUACCAUAGAAUAUCUAGCAAAUCAUUAAAAAAAAAUGUUUUUACUUUUAUGAACAUGAGUUUCUGGAUGAAUUAGUCUGUUAUAACUCUAAUACAGACUUGUUUUGUACUUAUGGUGCCUCACCUGUUGUAUGCAUCAUGCAUUUUCCAUUUUUAACUUCAAUUUUUAUUUUAUAUCAAUGAUUAGAAGUGCUGCUUCAUACAAUCUUAAUUAGAAGGUGAACUUGAUAUACAGAAUUAUUUCUCACUUCUGUCACAUCCUGCAUCUUCUAGGAAAUUUCCCGGGCAGUUAUUAUGAAUGGGGAAGAAUUGACUCGUAUUACAAUAUUUAUACUUAUCCAGAUACAUUCCAGUGUAUCUGCAUAGUAGAUACAAAAUCCCGCCUCCUUGAAAAUUUGUAUAUAAAGACUUUGACAUACUUUAAAUUACUUUAUUAAUUUUUUUGUAGAUCGUCAUUGCACAUGGAAAAUUAGAUUCCUUUCAGUGAUUUACACAAAGAUUCUCUUGAUUCUAUCAGAGCUAUUGGGAGGUUUUAAUAUUCCUUAAAAAAAGAAAUCCAGAACAAAAAACUUUUUGGAUUAGUUGCAAGAUGCCUUUAAGGACAUUGGAGGUUCCCUUAUCACACAGGUUAUCAUGCAGGAAUGUAAAAUUGGAGUAGUGAUAAUUAAAAAAAUUAUUUGUUCACAUUGUCAUGACAAAUUGCCAAAUAGUUCUUGAUGUGGCAGACAUUUGCUCUUAAUAAAAGAUCAGUAUUAAAAUUAGAUUGUUUCAAGGGUGUAAUACCGCUCAUCAAACUGUUGAACUGAGGAUUGUUCUUGUAGUAACCCUGAUGAGACAUACUGGACCAUGUCUCGUAUUCAAUGUCUUUCCAGUUACUAGCUGUAAUACUUAGAUUUCACUUGAAAACUUGUAUUGAAUAACAUCAUCUAUGAAAUUGACUUUUUUAAGGCAAGAGAACUCUAUUUUCUAUUAAUUUCAUCAACAUUGUAUCCUGCAAACUCGAAAGGCAGUCCUAUCAAUUUAAGUUUGUCGCCUGCUUAAAGGCCUGCUAUUUCUUAAUUACUGAUAGUAGAUUUGUACUUUAUGUUUGGGGAUCUCUCAACAACCACCCUUUAAUAUAGAAUAUUAAACACCAUUGGUUAUACAAGUGAGAAGAUGAAGUUACACCUCAAUGCACUUUUUAAUGAACUCAUUGAACUUAACUAAAAUGUUCUGAGAAACACAAAGGAGAAGUAAACUCAGAGUUUUAAAUAGGUUUUAAAAAUCUCUAGCUUCUGGACAGGCCUAAGCUAUGCAUUAACCAGAUUUCUACACUGUACCCUGAUCUUGCUCUUCCAACUCUCCAGCGAACAAUCAACGCAAGGGAUUGUCCUGGUGCCAAGGUACUUCUCAAACUCACUCUGACUAACACAUUUUAAAAUGCUGCCAUUAAAAACCCAUGGCUCGAUGAAAUUAAAUAUAUACGUUUUACUUAUACAAGUCAUAUAAAAGCCCACUGUUUUACCCAUCUUGACAUCGGGUCUGGUCUUCUUACAAAACAUCUCCACGAUAUAGAUGUUUCAGCACAUGUCCAUGUGUGAAUCACUCAAAAGGGCCAUGUUGUAGGUGAAGGCAAGUCGGUACAGCUAACAUGGUCUAUCCCUGAAUAAAAUGCACCCAUUCCUAUGGUAAGAUCCAUUACGAUCAAUGAUAAAUCCAAGGCGAGCAGGUCACCCUCCUCAGUGGAUGUUGUUUACUGGGAUUUUCAGAGGCCUUUGAUAAGGUGCCGCACGUGAGGCUUCAAAACAAAUUACAAGUCCAUGGCAAGAUGCCAGCAUGGAUAGAAGAUUGGCUGAUUGGCAGAAGGCAAAGAGUGGGAAUAAAGGGGACCUUUCCUGGUUGGCUGCGGUGACUAGUGGUGUUCUGCAGGGUUUGGUGUCGGGUCCUCUACUUUUCAUGUGAUAUGUUAAUGCUCUCGAUAAUGGAAUUGAUGGCUUUAUGGUCAGGUUUGCAGAUGAUACAAAGAUGGAUGGAGGGGGAGUUAUUGUUGAGGAAGCAGGAAGUCUGCAGAAGGACUUGGACAGGUUGGGAGAGUGAGCAAAGAGGGAGAUCCCAUGGUUGAUUGGGCUAACGCAUGAGGAGUGUUUGAUGACUCUUGGCCUGUGCUAGCUGGAGUUUAUAAGAAUGAGGGGGAUCUCAUUGAAACCUACCGAAUAAUGAAAGGCCUAGAUUGUGGAUAUGUAAAUAUUUUCUGCAUUGGGAGUGUCAAGGACCAGAGGGCUCAGCCUAAGAAUACUAGGAUGUGCCUUUAGAAUACAGAUGAGGAGGGAUUUCUUCAGCAGAGAGUGGUGAAUCAGUGGAAUUUGCUGCCAUGGACAUCUAUGGAGGCCAAGUCAUUGGGUAUUUUUAAAGCAGAGAUUGUUAGGCUCUUGAUGAGCAAAAAUAUCAAAGGUUAUGGGUAGAAGGCAGGAGAAUGGGAUGAGAGGGUAAAAUAGAUCAACCAUGAUUGAAUGGAGAGCAGACUGAGUGGCCAAAUUCUGCUCCAAAGUCUAAGGAUCUUAACUCCCAUUUCAUAGGGAUGGAUGCCAUUUUUAAUACAGGUUGCUGAGCCUGCACAUAAAUUUGCAAUGAGAUUCAUAAAAUGGGCAUCAUACCUACGCUAACCAAGGCUAUAAGAAUAGGCCUAUGGAGCAGAAUGUUUUAACUAAUUCAGAAAGUAUUGUGAGAUCUUUUAUCGUUGAGAAUAACAAUAUUUUCAUUGGAUGGCCAUAACUUUGAAAUCAGGACAGUGUGGCUGCUCUUAAUGCAGGUAGGGGAUCCUAAUGCAUCCAACACAAGAAGAAAACAUCCUUGCUAAGAUAUUGAUGUCCACUUUUCAAAAGCCAAUAAGAGAUGCCUACCACGGUGACAUCUUUAAAUAUCAUCUACUUUAAAAACAAUUAAGGGUAUCAUUAUUGGCCCAAGAUAAGCUUGGACUGAACUUGCCAAUAUCUGAUUUAUUAUUAAAAAAUGCAAAGCAAGAUUUAAAAUGCUCUUCCAGAAUACUAAUUUCAGAACUGCCAAUCAAUCUUUCAAUAAAUCACUGCCUCAGAUCCACACAUUGUGCAAGUACUGAGAAGAUAUACCUUUAUUGCACAACCUGUGAAAUAUUUCUAUAGUAAUUUAU